AUGGCAAUGUUGACGCUGAGGGGUCAGAAGCUUACCAGAGUUGGACUGCUAUCUGAUGUCACUCAAAUCUUUCGUGAGAAUAGUCUCACAGUCACCAGAGCAGAAGUGACAACUAGAGCAGGCAAAGCUGUUAAUGCAUUCUAUGUAAGUUAUGCAUCAAGGUACUCUGUUGAUGCCAAGAUCAUAGAUUCAAUUAAGCAAGCAAUCGGGCAGACCAUACUUCGGGUGACAGGCUGUCAUGAAGAGUUAAAUCAAGUUCCUCAAGAAUCUCCAACCAGGGUCCUCUUUCAUGGUCUCUUCAAGUCCAGAUCUAUAGCUAAUUUUAGCUUUGAUUAGAUCCUAUUCUUGAGUUACUAAUUUAGCUCCCUCCCCCUCCCCUUGUACAUUCACACCCCUCCACAAGCGAUUACUAGUGACUGGAACUAAGUAGCUCCCUAGGAGAAAGAAGCCGUAGGAGGCAUCCCUCCAUCUCUCUUUUUCUUUAUAUUGGAUUUAUUAACUU